AUGACGAACGAGAAGUGCGCAAAUGGAGGAUAUUGGAAUCCGAAUGGAUGUUCGACUUGCUUAUGUCCAGCUGGAUAUGGUGGCAAAUACUGCGAUGAAUUGGCACCUAAAAAUACAACAAUUCAAGUAAAAAUUGAUGAAAUGUAUGGAUUCGAUUGUUAUUAUGGAUGCGAAUAUAAUGGAAUCGAAAUCAAAUAUCUCGCAGAUCCCAGAAUUUCUUCACCAAUGGUGUGUUGCGAUUUUCAGGCCGGCGAAUUGAUAAAUUCGAAACUGAAUCCCACACCGAUUGUUAUGAUGGUUGCCGCUUCUGCUACUCGCAACAUGAUCCAUCAAUAUGGACGCCGCGCCAUUGCGGUUUCUCUGGUAACUGCCAUUUCCUCUACCGCUUUGUUCUUCUUCGGAUACGUUCAGCCCCGUCACGAGAAAUACGAGCGCUUCUUCGCCAACUACGAUCCAUACACCAGAAUGAGAGAAAUCUGCGAAGCCAACAAAGGGUACAUGCACACGUGCCCACAAGAAUUGGCUAAAUUGUACGAGGAGAAGGGCAAGACCAUCGCCGAUUUGUAA